AUGAGGGGCCUCAAUGCUGCUGUCUCGGCCACCUUGUUGGCGAUGGCCACGUCUGCCAAUGGAGCGAGUUACAACAGCACGCCAAUCUACAAGAAUCCUAAUGCCACCAUCGACGAUCGGGUCUCUGAUCUGCUCAGCCGCAUGACAAUACAGGAAAAGGCAAGCCAGCUGGUCCAGGGCGAUGUCUCCAACUGGCUCAACGUUGAUGACGGGGCCUUCAACGCGAGUGGCCUGGCCUGGAACAUGGAGUACCGAGGAGGGUCGUUCUAUGUUGGCUAUUAUCUGAACUGGACGACCCUGUGGGAGUACAUCAAGAUCGGUCAGGACUAUCUGGUGCAGAACACGACACUUGGCAUACCAGCCUGGGUCCAGUCCGAGGGCAUCCACGGUUUUCUCAUCCCCAACGCCACCAUCUUCAACAGUCCCAUCGCCCAGGCUUGUUCGUGGAACCCAGACCUGGUCGAGAAGAUGGGCCAGGCCAUCGCGCAAGAGGCCUCGGCUCUGGGUGUGAACCAGAUCUUCGGUCCCCUGGGAGACCUGGCUCGUGAGCUGCGGUACGGCAGAGUCGAGGAGACGUACGGCGAGGAUUCCUACCUGGCUGGCGAGAUGGCCUACAGUUACGUCAAGGGCCUGCAGUCUGGCGGUGUCGCUGCCAUGGUCAAGCACUUCGCCGCGUAUGCCUCGCCUGAGCAGGGCAUUAACACGUCGCCUGUCCACGGUGGCGAGCGAGAGCGUCUCAUGACGUACUUGCCGUCCUACAAGCGGGCCAUCGUCGACGCAGAGGCCGUGGCCAUCAUGGCCGCCUACCAUUGCUACGACAGCGUGCCGGCGGUGGCGGACUACCAUCUGCUCACCGAGAUCCUUCGAGACUCUUGGGGCUAUGAGUAUUUCGUCAUGUCAGAUGCUGGAGGGACGGAUCGGAUUUGCACGGCCUUUGACAUGUGUCAAGCCUCUCCAAUCGACUCAGACGCCAUCGUGAACUUUGCCCUCCCAGCAGGCACGGACAGCGAGAUGGGAGGUGGGAGUUACAACUACGAGAAGAUCCCCGACAUGGUAGCGGCGGGUUCUCUCAACGAGUCCGUUGUCGACACGGCCGUCUCCAGGGUCCUCCGUGCCAAGUUCCAGAUGGGCCUGUUCGAGAAGCCCUUCCUCGGCGUGCCCGAGAAUGAGUUUGAUCAAUACGUCCAUACCAAUGCAACCCAGCAGCUUGCACGCCAGCUGGACACAGAAUCUAUUGUCCUUCUCGAGAAUCACAACGCCGUGCUGCCGCUCAGCAAGACAGCCCACAUCGCGGUCAUUGGGCCCAUGGCAGCAGACCGGGUGAACUAUGGCGACUAUGUUCCAUAUAAAUCCGGCUACCGAGGUGUCACACCACUCGAAGGUUUUCAGGCAGCCAGUGAGGGUACCAUUACCUAUGCCAAGGGCUGUGAGCGCUGGUCCAACGACGAAUCCGGCUUUGAGGAGGCCGUUUCUUCCGCCGAGGCUGCCGACGUGGCCGUGGUGAUUGUGGGCACCUGGAGCCGCGAUCAGGGCGAGCUCUGGACGGGCCUGAACGCGACCACAGGCGAGCACAUCGACCUCUCUUCGCUAAACCUCGUGGCCGCGAUGCCGAGGCUGGUGCAGGCCAUCAUCAACACGGGCAAGCCAACGGUGGUGGUUUUCAGUAGUGGGAAACCCAUCACGGAGCCGUGGAUUAGCAAGAAUGCGAGCGCCCUGGUGCAGCAGUUCUACCCGUCCGAACAAGGCGGGAAUGCACUUGCCGAUGUGCUGUACGGGAAUUACAACCCAAGCGGCAGGCUGAGCGUCUCAUUCCCUUAUGAUGUUGGGACCACGCCGAUUUACUACGAUUAUCUGAACUCGGCGAGAUCGUACCCCAACCCUGGACAUAUCUAUCCUAAUGGGACAUUGGUGUAUGGAUCGACUUAUGUGUUUCAGAAUCCGGAUGCGCUCUACACGUUCGGGUACGGCCUCUCCUAUUCGACCUUCAGCUAUUCCGCCAUCACCCUCUCACAGAGCACCGCCUCGGCCAGCGAUACCAUUACCGUCACGGUGGAAGUGACCAACAACUCCACAGUCGACGGCACCGAAGUGGUACAGGUGUACAUCAAAGACGACAUCUCAAGCGUUGUUGUGCCCAACAAGCUGCUAAAGGGCUUUUCCAAGGUUUUCAUCGCAGCCGGGGCCACCGAGACUGUCAGUAUCGACAUCAACGUAGCCGACUUGGGGCUGUGGGACAUUCGGAUGAAUUAUGUCGUGGAGCCAGGAACCUUUACGGUGUAUGCGGGCAGCUCAAGCUCGGACCUGCGGGCAAAUGCUACCUUGACGGUCACCUAG